GGCGCGGGCGGCUCGGGCUCGGUUCUGCCUCCCUCCAUUCCCCGGCAUCGCGGCGGGCUCGGGCGGCGGCAGGAUGGCGGCUGGGCUCCUGCCCCUGCUCCCGCUGCUGCUGCUGCUACCGGGCCGGGGGCCGCCGGGGGCCCUGGGCAACCGGCACGCCGUGCACUGGAACAGCUCCAACCCGCACCUGCGGCGGGAGGGCUACACGGUGCAGGUGAACGUCAACGACUACCUGGACAUCUACUGCCCUCACUACAACGCCUCGGUGCCCGAGCACCGGCUGGAGCAGUACGUGCUCUACAUGGUGAACGCGGAGGGCUACCGCACCUGCAACACCAGCCAGGGCUUCAAGCGCUGGGAGUGCAACCGGCCCCACGCGCCGCACAGCCCCAUCAAGUUCUCGGAGAAGUUCCAGCGCUACAGCGCCUUCUCGCUGGGCUACGAGUUCCGUGCGGGCCAGGAGUACUACUACAUAUCCACGCCGACACACAACCACCGCCGGGCCUGCCUGAAGAUGAAGGUGUUUGUCUGCUGCGCCUCCACGUCGCACUCCGGGGAGAAGCUGGCGCCCACCCUGCCCCAGUUCACCCUGCGGCCCGAGGUGAAGAUCGAGGACCUGGAAAACUUCAACCCGGAGAUGCCCAAGCUGGAGAAGAGCAUCAGCGGCACCAGCCCCAAGCGGGAACAUUUGCCCCUGGCCGUGGCCGCCGCGCUCUUCCUCAUGACGCUCUUGGCCUCGUAGCUCCCGGUGCCCGCGGGGGCCCGGCCAGCGCCGCCGUGCCCCCCUCCAUCUGCUGCCCCUCGUGAGAGCCUCGGAAGCACGGCGAGAGCACCGGAGAGCGGCGGGAUCACGGCAAGCAGCAGCGGACCGGCAGCUCCGCAGGGAUGCGGCUCCUCCCGGCGUCCUGCCCGCAGCCUCCCCCCCGGGGCUGCUCCGUGCCUGGGGGGGCAGCGCCGAGCCCCGAUGCGAGCAGGGACCCCCGGGGCCGGGCAGGCUGUACAUACCCAUAUAGAUCUAUACAUACUGUACAGAGAGCGACUACAGAGAUAUUAUAUCUAUUACUGUACCAUAGGCAGCGGCGCCGGCCCCGGGCUGGCUUGUACAUAAGUCGAACGUGUUGGAUUUUCCUCGUCUUCCGUGAAGACCCGACCUAUGCAAACGCACAGACACUUUUUGGGGAACAACAAAACAAAACAGAACAGAAAAAAAAAAAAAAAAAAAACCAUUCUCGAUCUUUUUUUCAAGUGCUUUGGCUGGUGAUUUUCAUAUUCUGCUCUUAGUCUAUUAAAAAAAAAAAUUAAUAAAAGGAUAAAAAAAAAGGGAUCCCUGUCACGGUGGCGUGCAGCACUUCCAGCCCCUCGGAGGGGUCCCAGGGGGGCUCCGGCUCGGACAGGCGCUCAGGAGAGGGCUGAUCUCCACCGUGCCACCCGCCUUGCCAGGCACACCAGGCUCGGUACCGCUGGCAGGGGGACGCAGGGCACUCCCCACCGACCCUCCCAGCGCCGGC